AUGGUAUGUAAAAGAAAAACCAACUAUUUGAAUCCCAACUCGAAAGACCUAAAUUGGAAAAGAGAAGGAAAAAACCAAGUCAAAGCAGAAGGAAUUGAGCUUAGUACCAGCACAGAUAAGAACAGCGAUUCCAAUGGAAUGAACAGCUUCGGCGGCAACGAAGAGGUUGUCGUGAUCGUGAACGAUGAAUCUGAGGAGAACAAGAGCCGCCAUGCCCGAUACGACCGCGAGGAAAGCCUUCACCUUUGGUGGCUGCCUCUUCACCCAUGUCGACACCGCCUUGAUCGCAGACUUGGUUGCCUUCAUGCUCGCUCGCUUUCUCUUCUUCUUCUUCUUCUUCUCUUGCUUUUCUCUCGAAAAGAUGAUCUGAACUCCUAG